UGACAGAGUGACGACUUCUGGCUUGAGCCUGCAGUGUGCUUUGAGAGAUCUUCCGCCAGAUCAUCUCAGCUUUGGUCCCUUGGAACCACCCACUAGCGACAGUCAUAAAUCGCAGGGCCAGAGAACUGCGGGUGAUAAAAUCUGUCGUGAUAACUGCAGAAGGCUCUGAGAUCCGAGGCGCUGCGUGACUGCGUAUUCUGAAUUCUUGCUGCCAAGAUGGGGAAACAGAACAGCAAGCUGCGCCCAGAGGUCAUGCAGGACUUGCUGGAAAGCACAGAUUUUACAGAGCACGAGAUCCAGGAAUGGUAUAAAGGCUUCUUGAGAGACUGCCCCAGUGGACAUUUGUCAAUGGAGGAGUUUAAGAAAAUUUACGGGAACUUUUUCCCUUAUGGGGAUGCUUCCAAAUUUGCAGAGCACGUCUUUCGCACCUUCGAUGCCAAUGGAGAUGGGACAAUAGACUUUAGAGAAUUUAUCAUAGCCCUGAGCGUAACGUCAAGGGGGAAGCUGGAGCAAAAGCUGAAAUGGGCCUUCAGCAUGUAUGACCUGGAUGGAAAUGGCUACAUCAGCAAGGCAGAAAUGCUCGAGAUUGUGCAGGCAAUCUAUAAGAUGGUCUCCUCUGUAAUGAAAAUGCCUGAAGAUGAGUCGACCCCAGAGAAGAGGACAGAAAAGAUCUUCCGCCAGAUGGACACCAAUAGAGACGGAAAACUCUCCCUGGAAGAGUUCAUCCGAGGGGCCAAGAGCGACCCGUCCAUAGUGCGCCUCCUGCAGUGCGACCCCAGCAGCGCCGGCCACUUCUGAGCCGGAAGCCCCACCAACUGUAGAGCUGCUUGUGUUCCCUUUGAAGUUUACUUUUUAACAAAAAAAUUUUUUUUUUUGCCAAACAAUAUUGACGGUGAUGCUGUUCCUCGUGUGGUCGGAUGCACCUCCCUCCGUGCCGCCUGCAGCUUCUUUUGUCGUGGACGCUUCAUGGGAAUGUCUAGAGCCCCCCGCGCUUGUGGAGAGCAUGAACAGUGCUGCCGUGCACAGACUUUGUGGUGUUCAUUGUUCUGACGAUUUUUCAUCGUUAUUAUUAUUACUUUCCCUUUGAUUUGAAAGUCUGUGUUCUAAAACCGAAGACUGGGGGAGGCAAGAGAAGAGAAGAGAAAACAAUCCAGUCCAGUGAUUCUAUUGCAAGCUUAAGGGCCCUGUUUGGAAAACAAAAUUCCCCACCUGGGUCUGGAGUGACACAUGCCCUAGGGGUGGUGGCACCAGAUGCUCGAUUGCCCAGGGACCAGGAAUCCUCCAGGGCCAGGCUAUUAAAGGGGCCUGGGGGAUUCCCGCCUGGAGGCCCACCCCAUCCUCUUCCCCAGCAGGCUUUAGUUUCUAAGCUGUGAACAUUUCAAGGUAAAUUCAUAGAGGAGAGGAAAAAGAUGGCUCAGCUAUUUCUUCCCAGGUUUACACGAGUUGAGCCAAGAUGAGUUUCUCUGGAAAUUAAACACAAAUGGUAAUUUAUAUUUCAAAGCCAGACCCAUCUUGUUGCCUAUUGUAGUUUAAAAAAAAAAAAAAAAGAUCGCUGUAUAUAAAAUACUGGGUAUUACAGACGAAAUUAAGUGUUUUGCCUUGUUUAAAUGAAAUGCAUGUUUAGUGAGCACUAAUACAAUCUUAUUACAG